GUCACACUGGCGCCAGUUAUUGUAUUCACCAUGCCAGUUGAAUGUCAGCUAGUUAUUGAUCGUGUCUAUCAAAUGUGAAAUGUGUACUAGGCAUUACAUUACUUUGCUGGGCUGGUGGUAGCUGGUAGGCGAAAGAAAAUUUGUGCGUUUAACUUGUGAAUCUAAUUUAGUAAUUGGUGUGAUAUUAACUGGAGAUUGCAUUUAAAGAUGCCGGCGAGACGAAAACAACCGACCCGAGGCGGGAAGCAAAUAAUUGCUGAAAAUGAGGCGACGGUGCGCUUCUACCGAAACAUGUCGCUGGUCUGCGGAGCCAUUUACAACACAGUCUUCUACUUUUUCUUCUAUGAUCACAUGUGCCCGUUAGUCAUGUGCAUGAACAUUUUGGUGACUGUGAUUUAUGUCUCCUGUUACCAUUUUAUGCGUCACAUCACGCGCCCUGAGUACUCCAUGCAGACCUACCAACUGCUUGACCCUGGACAUGACCUGAACAUGGAUGGCGGCAUUGGCGAACAUGUGAAGGAUGUCGUGAUCGUUGCUUCGGUUACCCAUCUGUUGGCCCUUUUCUCCAACAAGUUCUGGCUGACUCUUGUCAUCAUACCGCUGAAGGCUUUGUGGCUGUUCUGGGUGAACGUACUUGGACCCUGGCUGGAUAAAGAUGACCUUGAGUAAAUUGCAGAAGACAGCCAGCACACAGCCUAAGAACACCGAGAAACAGGAACCAGUACCAGUAAACGUUCAAAUGUUAUUUCUUUGAAGCAUUUGCAACUACUGGCUAUAAUGAUUUUUUUAAUUUUUUUUUAUUUUACAUUUAUAAAAUACUUUUAUCUCAUGAUAAGAAAAUAGCCUACUUUU